AUGGUCGCUUCACUCUGCCUAGUUCUUGCCUCUCUGAGCAUCAGUCCCAACAGAUCUCAGUUCUUCACGUACGACACCAUCAAGCUGAGCUGUGAUGCCUUCGGGAACUCCACCGGCUGGACGGUAAGGAGGAACACGACUUCUCAGACUGAUGUGCCGUGCAAGAAACCCUGGGGGAUCCCGAAUGGGCCCUCCUGCACCAUUGAAGACGCCUAUCCAAAGGACACAGGGCUGUACUGGUGCGAGUCCAGAGACGUGGGCUGCAGCAGUGCCGUCAACAUCAUUGUGACGGCUCAUGUUGUGAUCCUGGAGAGCCCUGCACUUCCUGUGUCGGAGGGAGACGACGUGACACUUCGCUGCUCCUACAAGGAAUUAGAACAGUAUCAGGCCUCCUCUGACUUCUCCGCAAGUCUGUACAAGGAUGGCAAAUUCGACGAUGACAUGUCUGCAGGAAAGAUUACUCUCCGUGCGGUGUCCAAGUCUGACGAGGGCCUGUACUCAUGUGAACACCCCACAAAAGGAAAGUCACCAGAGAGCCGGCUGGCUGUGAGAGCUGCAGACAAACCGCGGCCAACAAGCCCCUCUCCUCCUCUUCCUCCCAUCAUGUCCAUCCCGAGGCUGGUGUGUAUUGUCCUGCUGGUGAUUCUGUACAUGGUGCUCCUCAUCAUGUGUGUGUACGUCUAUGUCCGCUGGACUCAAGCUCGAGCUGAAAGGAAGAACAGACUUUUGGAUCAAAUCUCACAGGACUGAAAAAUCAUGUUUUUUUUUUUCCGUUUUGUUUUUUUCACCUCCCCGCAUCCCCCUGGAACGAGCAAGAGGAGAAGAUUCAAGGUGCAGCCCCAAGUAUGCUUAUAUGCACACCAAUAUUCUGAUUAUUGGGACUAAUCAGUAGUCAAUAAAUCUAUUUUAUUAGGUUGUUAAAAAAUAGUUUAUGUAAAAAUCCAGUUCAUAUGGAUUCAUAUUUUUUUACUCUUCCCACAUCCGGCCACAGAGUAAUUUAAAAACACGAGGUGAUCAAGCCUUUUCUGUGGCAGCCCCUAAAUUAUGGAACGAGCUACCACUAAAAAUAAGGUUGUCCCCCACCCUACCUACUUUUAAAUCACGUCUUAAAACUUACUUUUAUUCAUUGGCUUUUAACUCAGCGUGAGAGUUAUGUGACCUCUGUUCUUGUGUGAUCUCU